AUGGGCGACGCGAGUGCCCCCUCGACACCUCGGGGUGAGACCGCUAGUCGACGCGGCUCCAGUGCCAGCGCCAAGAGCAAGACCUCGUCGGCGGAGGCGAAGGAGCUGAGCAAGCAGAAGUACGACUCGCCCUUUGAUGCGAGUCUCGUGGCGGCUCGCAAGCGCUCGCAGCAGGAGCGACUCUGGGAGAUAUUCACCGCCUACGCGCUGCAGAUCUCGAGCGAAGACCCGACGCGCAUCCGCAUCGUCAACGUGGUGAAGCUCCUGCAGGACUGCGGCAUCAUCGACGGGAACAACACCGAGGAAGCCAAAAUGAUUGAGAAAGAAGUCGCCAUCGUGUGCGAAGCCUUCCUAAAGGCCCAUCCUACCGACCGUGAUAGCAGCAAGAAGCUCGACUUCACGGCGUUUCUAGCGCUGCUCCUGCAUUUUGCGAAGAUGUCAGGCGACCGGGAUCCGAGCCGAGCCUAUGAUUCGCUUGUGCGUACAUGUCUGGAAAAGCAACAGAAGUCAAGGAUCCGUGUGGUUGUGGCCCAAGAGCUACUGGAGUGCAAGAAAGUGCUUGCUGCCUUCGAGGAUCCGCUUACAAAGAUCUUCAUGUUUUACGCAGCGCAAAGCCAUAGCAAGCUCGAGAAAAUCGACACGAAGAUGGCGCAGUUCUGCCCGCCCCAUAUGAGCUACGCCGAAGCUGUCGCGUUCGGCCGCAAAUACGGCAUCAUCGCGCACGGCGUCCUGACAACGACCGAGUUCGCCAGCAUCUACAUCGACAGCCUUCCCAAGGCUCCCGCCACCGAAUACGAUCGCGUUCUCACGUACAAGGGAUUCUGUGAGAUGCUCGUGCGGUUGUCAAAGAAGACUUGCCUCGACAAGACCCUCCCUGCGGACCGAAAUCUCAAAGGACUACUUCAAGUUAUGUGGCUUGCAUUGGCAUCCUCGUCACCUCGCGCGCUCAAAAUUACGGACGUGCUCAAGUCGGAUCGAGUUGAUGUGACCAAGCACUUCCUCAUCCAUUUCGAAAAGUACUGGAAGAAGGAGCGCUACGAGAAUUACUUUGGCGACCGACCUGCCUCCGUGCGUAUUGAGUCGGUCAUGGAUCCACCAUCGCCGCCGAAGCCACCGAUGCCUCGGCGCUUGAGCUUGAACCCGACACCAGCCCCCAAAGCGAAAACUCUUCCGCGCAGAAUGAGCGUUCAAACGACUUCGAAAGCGACGUGA